UGGUGUCCCUCUUAUAAGACAAUGAACAGAUUUUUGUCCGUUGCGAGACAGUUUGUGCCAUUGAGUCGCAGUUUGCAUUAUUCUGCUAUCUAUUGUCAGGUGACGACCAACCCCGAGGAAAUCUCCAGACUGUACAGAGACCUGAGCCUCUUUCCUUCCCUGACUAGAGCUGAUGUGGGGCCAGUCAUAACCUCUCAAUAUGGAGGCAAAUACAGCAACAUUUACACAGAAUGGAGCCAGCGUGACUUUGAUAGAAACGAGAAUGUCAAAUUUUGCAGACAGUACAUAGUUUUCCACGAUGAUGCAUCAGUGGUAUUCUCUGGUUCCUGUGGAAACUGUUCUGAAAUCAAAGGAGAAGUAUUAAGUAAAGAUUCACCUUCUGGAGAAAUGAAAGCUGUUGUCAGGGAGUGCACUAUCAAGGGGGAAGAUAAACAAUAUUUGGAGAUCUGGAGUAAGAAUAUCAAAAUGAAAAGUAUCAACCUCACAGCCUUAAAAAAGCAUGGCAGAGUUUAUGAAGAUGAACAGUUCGGGUGUCUGGUUUGGUCCCACUCAGAAACUCACAUUCUAUAUGUGGCUGAAAAAAAAAGACCAAAAACUGUGUCCUUUUUCCAGACUGAGUCACCAGAGCUAUCUGCAAUCGGGGAUGACGAUGAACCUCUGAGAUUUGAGAAAAAAGACACUGUUAAAGGAGAGCAAUUCGCCUUUUAUGAAGACUGGGGUGAAUCACUGGUCAGUAAGAACAGUCCAGUGCUUUGUGUUUUGGACAUUGAAGGGGACAAUGUGUCUGUUUUGGAAGGUGUGCCUGAAGAUAUCUCUCCUGGGCAGGCAUUUUGGGCUCCAGACGAUACAGGAGUUGUCUUUGUGGGCUGGUGGCAUGAACCAUUCAGACUUGGCCUUAAAUACUGCCCUAAUAGGCGGUCCUCUUUGUUCUAUGUGGAUCUCACUGGUGGGAAAUGUGAGCAGUUGACCUCAGGUUCCACUGCGGUGUGCUCUCCCAGGCUCAGUCCAGACCACUGCAGGAUUGCAUACUUGGAGUGCUCUCUGUAUGGACCACAUAUGAAGUGCAGCAAAUUGUGCAUGUAUGACUGGUAUACCAAAAAGACAUCUGUGAUUGUGGAUACAGUGAAUAGGCCAAGAAAUGAUGGCUUCACUGGUAUCUAUAGCUCUAUGCUCUCUCCUCAGUGCUGGUCAGCCGAUAGCCAGCGUAUAAUUAUUGCAAGUCCCCAGAAAAGUCGUAAGGAUCUGCUCAUGGUCGACAUCAACACUGGUAUUGUCACUUCUUUAACUUCAAACUCAGAUGCAGGAAACUGGUGUCUGUUGAACAUAGUUAGAGAUUUGAUGGUGGUCAGUUGUUCUUCACCAAAUCACCCUCCACACCUGAGAGUGGGCUUCCUUCCAACCAGGGAAUCUCAAGAGAAAGUGGCCUGGGUGACUCUGGAAGACUGCGAUGUUUUAGAAGAUAUUGACUGGAAUAUCUUGACGUUUACCCCUCCUCCAGAGCAAGACAACAGCCAAUAUUCUGGGCUUGAUUUUGAAGCCUUGCUAAUCAAACCUAAAGAAGUGAAAGAUGGUGUGAAGCUUCCUCUGGUUCUAAUUCCUCAUGGGGGCCCACACUCUGUUUUUGUUGCUGAAUGGCUGUUGUCUUGUGCUGCGUUGUGUAGAAUGGGCUUUGCUUCUUUACUUGUGAAUUAUCGUGGAUCUCUUGGCUUUGGACAAGACAGUAUAUUCUCGUUACCUGGCAAUAUUGGUACUCAGGAUGUAAAAGAUGUUCAAUUUGCAGUGGAAAGUGUUCUAAAAGGCAGUGACUUUGAUUCAGAGAAGGUCGUUGUAUCAGGUGGCUCUCAUGGGGGUUUUCUGGCCUGUCACCUGAUUGGACAAUAUCCUGGUUUCUACAAAGCAUGUGUUGCACGUAAUCCUGUCACUAACAUAGCAUCAAUGGUUUCCACCACCGACAUGCCAGACUGGUGCAUUGUUGAGGUUGGCUUGGACUACAGCUUUGACAGCCUUCCUGAUUCUCCAGUUUUGGAAAGAAUGUUAAGCGUAUCACCAAUUAAACAUGUUUCAAAGGUACAAACACCUGUGUUGCUUACAUUAGGUGAAGAUGACAAACGUGUCCCUAACCAGCAAGGCAUUGAGUAUUACAAAGCUCUGAAAGCAAAGAAGGUCCCUGUUCGCCUAUUGUGGUACCCAGGAAAUAAUCAUUCUCUAUCAAAGGUGGACGCGGAGUCAGAUGGCUUCAUGAACAUUGCUCUUUGGUUCAUUCAGCAUCUAUUUAAGCAAGGUUAAGUUUUUUUAGUACAUUUUUCACUAAGAAGAAGCAAAGUUGUAAGUCAUAGUUUGCUCUUUCAAAUUCUAUGCCAAAGUGUUUUUGUAAUGCUAUUUGAGCACUCACUUGUAACUUACGCUAUACAAAUAUUUCAGUAGAUUUUUCCCCCAAAAAAAAUCUCUGUGCAAAGUUCCAAUAAAAUCAACAAUUGAUAAAAGC